UUUCUAAACUUUAAAAACCCAUUAAAUAGAUCUUUAAACAAAAAAACCAAAUUCUACUUUUCUUUCAAAAACAAUCUCUCAUUAUCUCAAUCUUACUCUUGUUCAAUCUCUUUUGAACUUGAAAAACCAUCAUUCUAUCAAAUCAAACACAAUUGUUAGGGUUUCUUUUUAUCUUAUACUCCACGAAACGUCUGGUUGAGAAAAAAUGGAAGAAAGCAAUGAUAUUUUUCAGAACAAUUUCAGUCCUAAAAUCUCAGAAAUCAGAGCAUCUCUGUCUCAGAUCAUAUUAGCAGGAGGACCAAACACACUCGACUCAAUCUUCUCACUUCUCACUCCCUCCUCCGUAGAAUCCGCCACAACAUCAUUCAACACUCACAAUCCUCCGCCACCGCCGCAGCUCGGGUCCUCCGUCUAUCUCCGCCAACGAGAUAUCAUCGAGAAGUUCCACCUUCAGAACAGAGCAAUCUCCACUCCUCAUCCUCCUCUGUUUUCCUCAACGUACGAUCAUCAUCAAACUUCCGAGCUAAUGCUCCAAGCGGCGGCCGGGUCUCCAGCCGCCGCUUUCGCCGCUGCGUUAGCGGCUGGGAGGGUGACGAAAAAGAAGAAACUUUACAGAGGAGUGAGGCAGAGACAUUGGGGAAAAUGGGUUGCGGAGAUAAGAUUGCCGCAAAACAGAAUGAGGGUUUGGUUAGGUACUUACGACACGGCGGAAGCCGCCGCUUACGCUUACGAUCGCGCCGCCUAUAAGCUCCGUGGAGAAUACGCUCGUCUCAAUUUUCCUAAUCUCAAAGACCCGAGUGAGCUACUCGGACUCGGAGAUUCCUCUAAGCUAAUAGCUCUCAAGAACGCCGUCGACGGGAAGAUCCAAUCCAUUUGCCAGAGAGUCAGAAAAGAGAGAGCAAAAAAGAGCGUAAAAGUGAGCAAAAACUCGUCGGCCACGGCGGAUUCUUCGUGUUUGUCAUCGCCGGAGAUUCUGUCGUCGUCUCCGGUGACGACAACUACUACUGCGGUUACUUCAGAGGAUAGUUAUUGGGUUUCACCUAUGGGUUUGUGUAACAGUGAAAAUAGUUCUCCGGUAUCAGUUUCGGUCCCUAGUGAAGUACCGGCGACGGCGGAGGAAGAGGCAAUGAUGGGAGUGGACACUGAUGGGUUUUUAUUAGCGAGGAUGCCAUCGUUCGAUCCAGAGCUGAUUUGGGAAGUUCUUGCCAAUUAAUACUACACAAAGAAUGUGAAUUUUGAUCAAAAUUGCAACAAGAAGAAGAAAAAAAAAAGUUUGGAAUUAGGACAAAAAUGAUGAGAAAAAUUAGGGUUUUAGGUGUUAAUUUAGGGUUUAAAGUAAAACCGGAUCUUUUGUUAAAAUCAUUCGAAAGUUGUUAAAUAAUAUAAUUAGGGUUUCUCAAAUACAAUGUAAAGCCUCGUGGUUUUUGAAAGAGGUUGUGAAAGCUCCUUUUUUUGAAUUUCUGUUUUAGAUCAUCGAAGGACUUUCUUUCUGAUUGUACUUAGAAGAACAAUUAUAUGUUACAGUGUUAAUUUAAUAAAAUUGAGAUUGUGAGAUUUAAAACAGGUGUGAAUUGUGAAGUGAAGUUUUUAAAAUACUGUACAAAAAUUAAUGAUGUGUUUGUAA